AUGUUGAGAUCUCAAGCUACUAAAUUAGUCUGUAACUCUCGUGUUAUCACAGCUAAGAGAACUUUUGCCUUAGCUUCUCGUGCUGCUGUCGCCAUGAGACCAACUACUCGUUUCGUCAAACCAACCAUUGCUACUCGUGGUUUGAAACAAAUUAACUUUGGUGGUACCGUUGAAACUGUCCACGAAAGAGCUGACUGGCCAAGAGAAAAAUUAUUAAACUAUUUCAAGAAUGAUACUUUAGCCUUAAUUGGUUACGGUUCUCAGGGUUACGGUCAAGGUUUGAACUUGAGAGAUAACGGUUUGAACGUCAUCAUCGGUGUUCGUAAGAAUGGUGCCUCUUGGAAGGCUGCCAUUGAAGAUGGUUGGGUCCCAGGUGAGAACUUAUUCGAAGUUGAAGAAGCUAUUAAGAAGGGUACUUACGUCAUGAACUUGUUAUCUGAUGCUGCUCAAUCUGAAACUUGGAGUACUAUCAAGCCAUUGUUGACUAAGGGUAAGACUUUAUACUUUUCUCACGGUUUCUCUCCUGUUUUCAAAGAUUUAACUCACGUUGAACCACCAACUGAUUUGGAUGUUAUCUUAGUCGCUCCAAAGGGUUCCGGUAGAACUGUCAGAUCUUUGUUCAAGGAAGGUCGUGGUAUUAACUCUUCAUAUGCUGUCUGGAACGAUGUUACUGGUAAGGCUCACGAAAAGGCUCAAGCUUUGGCCGUUGCCAUCGGUUCUGGUUACGUUUAUCAAACCACUUUUGAAAGAGAAGUCAACUCUGACUUAUACGGUGAAAGAGGUUGUCUAAUGGGUGGUAUUCAUGGUAUGUUCUUGGCUCAAUACGAUGUCUUGAGAGAAAAUGGUCACUCUCCAUCUGAGGCUUUCAACGAAACUGUUGAAGAAGCUACUCAAUCUCUAUAUCCAUUGAUUGGUAAAUACGGUAUGGAUUACAUGUACGACGCCUGUUCCACUACUGCUAGAAGAGGUGCUUUAGAUUGGUACCCAAUUUUCAAAGAUGCUUUGAAACCAGUUUUCCAAGAUUUAUAUGAAUCUACUAAGAAUGGUACUGAAACUAAGAGAUCUUUGGAAUUCAACUCUCAACCUGAUUACAGAGAAAAAUUAGAAGCUGAAUUACAAACUAUCAGAAACAUGGAAAUCUGGAAGGUUGGUAAGGAAGUCAGAAAAUUGAGACCAGAAAACAAAUAA